UAUAGAGGGAAACUGGAAACACGGCCGUUGAUGAUCGGAGCUGGGGAUCGGCGGUAAUGGCGACGGGUUCGAGGGCGAUUGAGCCUCCGGAGAUGGAUGGAGCUGAUGAGGCGCGGAAGAGGAAGACUGAUUGCGUCUAUUUCUUGGCAUCUCCUCUCACCUGCAGAAAGGGGAGUGAAUGUGAGUACCGUCACAAUGAUAGUGCUCGAUUCAAUCCAAUAGAUUGCUGUUACUGGUUGGCUGGCGGCUGCCUAAACCCAAUAUGUGCUUUUCGACAUCCACCUCUAGAAGGGUUUACAGAAACUGCAUCAAACUCGGCAAAUUUUCCCAGGCCCACUCCUGUUCUUACAAACAAGUCUGACACCCCAUGUUAUUUCUACUUCAAUGCUUAUUGUAUCAAAGGCGAUCAUUGCCCUUUUAUGCAUCACCCUUUUUCACCCCAGAAGGUUCAAAAGCAAGCUUCUAAUGCCCCUAUCUUGGAAGAUCCAAAAACUAAAUGUUCCGCUGGAAGUGACACAGGUCCUGCUUCAGUGGAAGUCCAAGCAGGUGCUAGGCAGGGCACCUCUGAAGUAGCCAAGCAUUUUCAUCCUAAAGAAGUUCCUCUACCUCUUGCUUCUGGAAACAUUUUGGAGGAACCUAGCUCUUCUGCUGAGUCACUGGUGCCUGACUUUGAAGAGCAGCCUGCUGUUACGUCAGUUGAUAAACUGGUCCCUAUUAUGGGGCACGUAAAGAGGGAAUCAAACGACCUCCAAGAUCAGAAUUCGGAUGAGCUUGUGGAGCGAUGUUUAGAGAGGGGUGACUGGCGGGAGUCUUCUUCCGAGCUGCAAAUUAAUGAGAAUGAAACUGAGUACUUGCUGGCACAAGACAGGGAGCUUAGGCAGCUACAUACCCAUCUGUUCCGGCCUGAAUCUGAAAUUCCUGCUGGCUAUGAUGCAAGUUACCUAGAUAUUGAGGAUUAUGAUCACAAUGUAUACAACUCUUGUGAUCAAUUGUACAGCAGAUCAAUGUCAGACUAUUGCCAAAGAGAUUCUGAGCACUCAAGGAUGAUAAAGAGGACUUCAGAGCGAUUGUGUCAGAGAAAAAGGAUACCAUCACAUAUGAAUUGGGAAAUGAGUGACAGAGAUGGGCUGGAUCUUCGGGAUCAUUUGAGGAAACGGAGGAUGAUUCUUUACCAACCUUCUGGGCGUUCAACAAGGCACCGUUUCCGACACAAUAGCAGGGAGUGUCAUGUGAAGUGUUUACCUAAUAGGAGGUUAGCUUCAGAAAUCGGAAAGAGCAUGAUUUCUGCUUCAGUCUUCCAGAUUGAUUCUCCACUUCUUGAUAACCUAAGGCAUCAGCGCAGCAGGCAUGCUAGGACCAACCUAAGUGAGAGGAGAAGUUGGAGAAGGCGAACUAAUCCUUAUACCUCAACUGUGAAAUAUACAAGAUUAUCGACACAAGUUGCUUCUGAUUUUACUGGACCUAAGUCACUUGCCCAGAUAAGAGAGGAGAGUAGAGCCAAACUACAAAUGAGCCAAUGUCCGGCAACAACGAUUGCAUCCGGUGAAUUUGAGGGCCCGAAACCUUUGACUGAACUACUGAAUCACAAGAAGAGACCUUUCCAGUGACCGAAGACACUAUUAUGCAAGAUCACCGGCAAGGAAAAAAGAUGGAAAAUGCGGGAUCGAUUUCUUAGCCUAUGAAGAUGAAGAAGAUUGCUUCCGGAAAAACCUGUCUCCCUUGCUUGCACAACAAUAAACUUAUGUGCAUGCUAAUCUCUAGUGAUUCAAACCUUUUUGUCUGUUUUCCUUUUGUUGUUGAUGAAUUCCCCUCUUGUUGAGGUUGCUGAUAAUGUACAAAAUGUUGUGUUUUUUUCACUGCA